GGUGCUCUCAUUUUCAGGCUUCUCAGAAUACCUUCUUUGGCAGUGAUGGCUGCUACCACCACGCAACUGACCGAGAGCAGCAUCACGGUGGGCGGGCAAACGCUGUUCUACCGGCAGGUCCAGCCUGCUCAGCAGAGCCCCCGGUUCUCUGUCUUGCUGCUUCAUGGCAUCCGUUUCUCAUCAGAGACGUGGCUAAACCUGCAGACUCUGUCUAAGUUGGGAGAAGCAGGAUACCGCGCUGUGGCUGUCGACCUGCCAGGAUUAGGUCUUUCCAAAGAGGCUACUGCCCCAGCUCCUGUCGGAGAGCCAGCACCAGCCAAUUUCUUGAAGUCCGUCUUCGAGGCCCUGAAGCUAGACCAGGCGGUGGUGAUCAGCCCGUCUCUCAGCGGGAUGUAUUCGCUUCCAUUCCUCUUCCAGCACAGCGAGAUGCUUAAAGCCUAUGUCCCGGUGGCACCCAUCUGCACAGAGAAGUUCUCAGCAGCACAAUAUGCCGGUGUCAAAACACCAGCGCUCAUCGUAUAUGGGGACCAGGACGCCCAGCUGGGGGAAGUGAGCCUGAAAAACCUGAAGAACUUACCUAAUCACAAGGUGAUGCUGAUGAAAGGGGCAGGCCAUGCCUGUUACCUUGACAAGCCAGAUGAGUGGCACCAUGGGCUCCUAGACUUCCUGAAGAGCAUAGAGUGAAGAGCAAACUGGCCCGGCCUGCUCCCAACCCACGCACAAUGAUCAGUGGCUUCCACAUCUGUCUGGUGUUUGCUUCCUGGGUGCUGGGUUCUCUUUCUGCAAUUCAGUCGGCAAUCGAACAGGAGCCAAGUCCUUUGGGGACUACCCAAUAAUUAUAGAACUAAAAUGCUUAGCAAAUGGAUCAUGCUGCAUCCAAAACAUGCCCAAUGCUUAACAGAAUCAUAAUCGUGUUCCAUUAAUUGCAUAUCCAGGGUGGCACCCACCCACCCAUUUCCCCUCCCUUGGCCAUGGGAUUCAUUGGGUCACCCUAAUACAUAAAUAUGGAUCUGUUACACAGGCACAUUGGCACCUCAGUGUAAAUUUGCCAUUUCACAAUCUUGCGUGAAAUCCACCUCUUCCUCAUCAUUCACCAAUGAUUGUGAAAUUUCCCCCUCUUUUUAGUUACCGGUAAAUGAACACAAAAGGCAACAAGCCGGCAUGCUGAGUUAGCUGAGGAAGAUGUCGUGAAGGUGGGGCAAUAUACGUUUCCCCAACCAAACAGUCUUUUUAGAGACUGCCUGCCUUGCUUUGUGGGACUCUUAGCUAUCUUUGCCCUUGACAUCUUUGCCAGGGGACAUCUGUCUUUAUUUCAGAACCUUUUGCUAUGUCACUGCUGUGGUGUACACACCAUCUCUUUGUCAGAAUCUGUUUCUUCCUGCUUUGGGUUGGCAAGACUAUGUAUUCUUGGCGUGCAUGGUGGCAGCCAGCUGCAUUGUGGUGAGCAAUUAUUAGAGAGCAGGACUAAGGCUGACGCAGUGAAUUUAGGGAGGAUCAUUUUGUAUGACAAAACCUUUAGCAUCUCCAGGGCUUCCCCUUUCUAACAGUGCAAUCUGCUACCCAUGUCUGCUCAGAAGUUCCAUUACCCCCGGGGAAAUCUGUGUAGGACUGCAGCUCAUCAACAAUGUGCAUAUGUUAAAUACUAUCACCUCUUCUGCCUGAGCCCAGCAAGAACAUGUGGCUACCUAUUUUGAAACAUCCUUGUGCUCUACGGUUAUCACUCUCAUUGGUGAUUAAAUUACUAGAUGGUUCUGGGAUUCUUCUUAGAAGUUUAACAUAUGGGAUCUGUCAGAGUAUUGUUUGUCUAAGGUUGCAAUAGUAGAAGGAAGAAAUGCAAUGGCACUGAACACUAUUGUUGGGGAACUUGUGGCUCUCCUUAUGUUGGGACUAUAUCUCCCAUCAUCCUUCUCCACUUGCCAUGCUUGCAGGGGGUGGUGGAAGUUGGAGUCCAACUACCUCUGAAGAGACACAUGUUCCUCAUCUCUGCUAUGCACCUUGGAAGAGUUGGGGUGCUCUGAGGGAGGAAGCAUCACUCACCACUGCUACGCUAUACCUGAACAAUUUUAUCUUGCAUGGAAUCAAAGGGACUGUCAAGUUAGCAAGGAGUGCAGACUUCCAAUAAUAAAAGUUGGAUAAAGAAAAUUAAUUAAAUCGGCUGUGCAGGCUCUACCUGGUUUUCCGGUGAGUUUCUGCUGAAUGAUACAUUUUGUCAAAACUAAUUUUUUUUAAUCAAUUAAAACGUUGAUUUAUACAUCUG